CUUCAACCAGGCGAAUGAACCUGGAGCAGACUCCUUCUCCGGGAAUGAGCACAGCAACCGCCUGAAAUUCUCGCAGUAGCCACGCAACAUGGUGGGUGUGUGUGUGUUUGAAGUUGGAGUUCCGGCGGCUUCGGAAGAAUCCGUAGAAUUCGGCCGGAAUCGGCAUCGCAAGUCAAAGGCUCACUCGAACAAGGCUCGCAAAGCAGCCAAAGAAGCAAACGCCAAGAAGUCUGUGGGAUCAGGAACAGAGAGCAAACCGGAACACGCAAAGGUACAAGGCCCAGACGAUCGUGGUGCAGGAAUCCUAACUGGCGACCAGUUCCUAGAGAGCUUGCUACAGACUCUCUACAAGUCAUGGCUUCAAUUGCGCCGCCUGGGAGAAUAUGUGAUGUCUGAGCUAGGUGGAAAUGAUUUCCUGGAGGCCAUCGCGGUCUGGUGCACCCGGAAUCCGCACGUUGCCAUCUGCCUGCUAGCUGGCGGUCUUGUAUUCAUGCUGCCUUUCCUUAUAAUAUUUGGUUUUGGAAUAGCCACCAUGGUUAUGACAUUUACUGGUUUGCUGGUACUAGAAGGUACACUCCUAACCAUCGUGUCCAUGGUGUUCUUCGCCUGCCUGGGAGGACUAGCCAUAAUGGUUCCCCUCUUCGGUGUCGCAGCUGUUGCUGCCUAUUUUGGCUUCACCCAGGUGUAUGGACUAUGUGAUGGAAUGGAGCUCAACAAGAACGCAUGGGUCAAAUUCUUUAGGGAUCAACGAAAGGCCGUCGAUCCUCCGCCAUCCUCUGUGACCAUAACCAAUGCACCUACUCCUACGACUACAUAAGCCAAUAUUACUUGCCCAACUAAUAUAGGUAUUAACAGAUUAAA